AUGUUUUUUAUCCACUUCCUCGAACACGUCCUCACCCUCCACCCAACCUUCUUCGGCUCACACGUGAAGGAAUACCUGACGCAGAAGCUGCUAGAUGACGUGGAGGGCGUGUGCACGGGCGACUAUUAUAUCGUCUGCGUGAUGGAUACAUAUGAUAUUUCGGAGGGAAGAGUACUGCCUGGUAGCGGAUUGGCGGAGUAUACUAUCAUGUACAGGGCUAUUGUGUGGAAGCCUUUUAAGGGGGAGACGGUCGAUGCUAUCGUGACAUCUGUUAAGAAUCAAGGGAUAUUUGCAGAGGUUGGCCCGCUGACGGUCUUCGUGUCGAAACAUUUGAUUCCCCCCGAAAUCAAAUGGGACCCUGACGCGACUCCGCCGCAAUAUACUGAUAAUGGAGAACAGGUUAUUGAGAAGGGGACCAAUCUGCGCAUCAAACUGAUUGGGUUGCGAAAUGAUGUGCGCAAUAUGUUUGCGAUUGGAAGUAUCAAGGAGGAUUAUCUAGGGACGUUGUGA